CUCUAUAUCAUCUCCCCCGAAUUCCCCGACGUCCAUCACCCAAGGAGCGUACCCGCGAAGUUCUCUCCCUCGCAGACGAUUUAGAGCGAUCUCUCUACAUUUCUUGAACCAAGAUCUUCUUCUCAAAUCUACAAAUACCAGAAGCAAACCGAUUCAAAAUUGACUGUUUUCUUCUUUCUCUUCCAAGAUCUACAUUUGCCUGUUUCUUGCAUUGGAGAGUGUUGAAUCUGAAGAUUUAGUGCCAGAACCAUCUGCUUCCAAUGGGUUCUUGUAAUGGAGAGACUCAUUCUGCUGUUGAAGGGUUGGAGCAACCAUUUAGGAUCUUUGUGGGCUAUGAUGUUAGUGAAGAUCUUGCUUAUGAGGUCUGUCGCCAUUCCAUCUUGAAACGAUCUUCAAUCCCUGUUGAGAUCAUUCCAAUCAAGCAGGCAGAUCUGAGAAAGAAUGGUGUGUAUUGGCGUGAGAGAGGACAAUUGGAAAGCACAGAGUUCUCGUUUUCCCGGUUUUUAACUCCGUAUUUGGCAAAUUACAAAGGAUGGGCAAUGUUUGUGGACUGUGAUUUUCUGUAUCUAGCUGACAUUAAGGAACUGAGGGACUUGAUUGACAAUAAAUAUGCAAUUAUGUGUGUCCACCAUGAUUAUGCACCAAAAGAAACUACAAAAAUGGAUGGUGCAGUUCAAACUGUGUACCCAAGGAAGAACUGGUCUUCAAUGGUUUUGUACAACUGUGGCCAUCCAAAGAACAAGGUCUUGACACCUGAGGCUGUCAACACCCAAACUGGUGCUUUUCUCCAUAGGUUUCAAUGGCUCGAGGAUGACGAAAUUGGGUCAAUCCCUUUUGUUUGGAACUUUCUUGAGGGCCAUAACAAGAGUGUGGAGGGUGAUUUGAGCACUCUCCCUAAAGCAAUCCAUUACACUCGCGGUGGGCCGUGGUUCGAAGCUUGGAAGAAUUGUGAAUUUGCAGAUCUCUGGCUGAAAGAAAUGGAGGAGUAUCAGAAGGAGGCUAAGAAGAAAUCUGAAGAAUAGAUGAGAUAAUAAGCACCGCAUGAAAGUAAGUUGUUCUGCUUGAUGUUUAGUGGUGGCAUUUGAAAUUCUUUGAACUUUUGGCUUAAUAUUCUUUAGAUUAGAUUUUAUGUUGGAAUGUCUGAUUGUGUAUGGAGUUCUUAUACAAUAUUCUAUAAAAUUACGUCUGAUACUUAUGCCUAACUCAGGUGAUCAGACAUUAGCAGUGUAUUUUCUUAAGCAUUCCCCAAGUUAUAGGCUGGAAUCUCCUUCCCCAUUUAUUAUAUAGUAUAUUAUGUAAAAUUGUAUAAGAAACAAACUAUGUGAUGAAUGUAAAAUUUUAGCUUGCAAUUGCAAUACCCAAAAUUUAUUAUU